AUGGUCACAAACGCUUUCGUAUUUCCGAUCUUAAGCCGAACUUUGCAACAACAGGUCAGAGCUUUUCUUUCGGAAAGUAAUAAUUCAUCGGAAGCCGCUGCUUCUUUACCAGCUGGUCUACGCACAAUAACAGGUGAAAGCUGGACGACCGCUGGUGUUGUUGUUAGCCGUGAAGUUCGAAAAAGCGCUAAUGGAAAGGAUUACCUAAUAUGGAAGCUCCACGACCUCAAGGAUUGUCAACAACCUCCCGUUAUGUUGCUACUUUUCGGUGAAGCAUACAAAGAAUAUUGGAAGUUACAAGUUGGUAUAUGCGUUGCCCUUAUGACACCAAUGAUCGCUGACCAAGACAAAAAUCCGGCUCCCAGUUCAGAAAAAUUCAAACCAAGAACAUCACGCCUUGUUCUCAAAGUGUUCAAGCCUGUGCAAGUGGUAGAGCUCGGGUACUCAAGUGAUUUGGGAUCAUUCAAUAGUGUUACAUCGCAUCCACCGCCUCAAAAUCCUAAUAGAAGAUUGUGCUCCACCCUGACCAGAGCCGGCCCAUCGAGAGGGAUCGGAUCACUCGAUUCAUCAAUCUCGUUAGGUAUUAUUCGACCAACUCAGACCAAUGUGAUUAAAUCGUCCGAGCUCAAGACAACCACGAAAUCCGAAGAGAAGGAAACUCUUAAGAAGAUAAUGAAUGGACAGGUGAGUUUAGGUGUUGAUUACCCCCUUUUAUUUGUUUAA